UGGUGUCGCUGUUUUCUGUCAUUGUCAAUGUCAAACGUUAAGUUGGAUACAUGGAUGGAUAUUGGAAACAUUUUGCUUAAUUUUAGCUGUUUUCAUUUUACAUAUCACGAAAUAAAAGUUAUUCGACGAUUUCUUGAUUUUAUCGGUUAACACCACAAAGCUCGAAGUAACUUUUGGGAUUAUUUCAUCAAUAUGGCAGGGCAAGGGCACCAGUUCCCUGGCAAUUUCCAGGGUAACCCAGGAGCCAUGAGGACGGGAUAUGGCGGUGGGCCAAUGGGUGGCCAAAUUCCACAAAUGCCAAAUCAGUUAACAGGUGUUAUGGCAGGUCCAAUGGGCAAUGCAGGUAUGGUUGGUAUGGGUAAUCAGAUGGUACCACCUUAUGGAGCUGCAAUGCAAAACCAAAUGGGUAACAUGGCAAUGGGACCACAAGGAAUGGGAGUGGGCGGAGGAGUGGGGCCUGGUGCUGCAAUGGUACAGCAAGUUGUACAACAACAAGGUACUAUGCAAACAGUACCUGUGGCAGCACCUCCUGCCGCUCCCCCCUCAGCCCCACCACAGCAGAACAAGGACUUCAACACUGCUUCUCUGUGCAAGUUCGGACAAGAGACAGUUCAAGACAUAGUGAGUAGAACACAAGAUGUGUUUCAAACGUUGAAAGCUAUCCAGCCUCCGAACGGUACUCAGCACGGCGAGAAUGCCAGCAACGACAAAAAGGCUAAAAUGCAGGAACAACUGCGAACGAUACGAUUACUGUUUAAACGCUUAAGGUUGAUUUACGAGAAGUGUAAUGAAACUUGUCAGGGCAUGGAGUACACUCACAUGGAAAGUCUGAUACCUCUCAAAGACGAAGCUGAUAAUAAGACAUUAGAUGAGAGACGAAACACUGAGACGUACCGACAAGUUUUAGAAGAAAAUAACAUACUCACUGAACAGGUAGUAUCUAAAAACAAACAACUAAAGGAGGUGAUAACAAACUUGAGGACAAUUAUCUGGGAGAUCAAUGUAAUGUUAACUAUGCGAAGGUCAUAGACCAGAUGUCAUAAUUAAUUUCUACUGUUACACUCUAUGUCAGUGAUUGUCAAACUUAUUUCUUUCACCGCC